AUGUCGACCGCAACUUCAUCUGCCACCAUUACCCCCAUAAACUCAGCCUCAUCACCGCCUACACCAAAGGUCAUCAUAAUUGGCGCUGGCCUUUCCGGCCUCGCCAUCGCGCACGGACUCCGCCGGCACGACAUCCCGUUCACCAUCUGCGAAAAGGAGUCCACACCCCGUGAUCGCAAUUGGGGCGUCACCAUCUCGUGGGCGGUGCCUUUCCUCGCCAAGUGUCUUCCACCAGAGCUUUUCGCACGACUGCAGGAGUGCCAGCCGGAUAUCAGAUUGAACAAUGCUGCAGAGGGGAAGGAGAGCUUGUUGAUCAGGGAUGGUGCAACGGGGCAGCCUUUAAUUGAGCCAAGCUUUCCAGGGACAAGGAGGUUGCAGAUCAAGAGGACGAGGAGGAUUUGGGGAGAGGCGCUCCUGGAGCACGGAGGAGAGGGUGUGAGGUAUGGGAAGGUUUUGGUUGGGAUUGACACGCCGGACGAGGGUGAGUACAAAGGAAAGGUGGUGGGGCGAUUCGAGGAUGGAAGCUGUGAGGUGGGCGAUGUAUUGAUCGGGACGGAUGGGGGCUCGAGUUUUGCACUUUGGCUCGAUGAGAAAAUCAACCCGAGUGUGGAUGUGGGCUGCCAUCCGAAGAAGAUGUAUUCGGGGAUACUGAUCCUCGACAAGCCGGAUCUGGAACGGCCGGAGACGUGGGUGUUUUAUGUGCUCUCGACGUGGCCGAAGGAGGAAGGCGUUACCUAUGGGAAGGACGAUGAUUUGUUAGAGGAGUAUAGGAGGAGGAUGGAUGGGUGGGGAGAUCCCUACCGGAAAGUGGCGGAUUGGAUUCCUGAAGGAACGAAGGUGAGGCCAAUUCUGGGUGGGUUGAAGGUGUUUGCACCGAAGGAGAGGUGGAACAAUAGAGAUGGAAGGGUCACUAUCGGUGGUGAUGCAGCGCAUUCAAUGACUUUCCACCGUGGACAGGGCGGCAACAAUGCAUUGCGAGAUGCGGAGAGGUUUGUCGGCGCAAUGGUGGAGGUGAAAGAGGGACUCAGGUCGUUGAAAGACGCUGUUGAUGCAUAUGACCAGGAUGUAUUCGAAAGGGGUUUGAACGAGGUCGACAUGAGCUCGAAGCAGACGCAUGCAUUCCAUGAUUACAAGGCUUUCUUGCAAAGUCCUCUAAUGAAGCAUGGAAUCAAGCCGACGGCAAAUCUGGGAUCGAGUUGA